UUGUGCGAUCCAAGACCAACGAUCACCCUGAGAUAAAUGAUCACCACGUGGAAGGAUACUGCGGAUUAAGGUGAUUGGAUUUCCUACGAAAAGAUGAUUUCGCGAUACCAAAUUUUGUGCGCGCUCUUGACGUUCGGCGCGAUUAUGCUGUACCAAGCGAUGGCGCAAGUAGACGGUUACACGCCUGGCGUAGAUUACCCGAUCUACGAUUCCGUACCUUUCGGCCUUACGUUUACCUGCGGAGGCAAGUUACCUGGCUAUUACGCCGAUCCCGAAGCGAGAUGUCAGGUUUGGCAUUGGUGUUUGCCAAAUGGACGUCAAUUUAGCUUCCUCUGUCCAAACGGCACGGUUUUCAGCCAGUCGGCACGCGUCUGUGACUGGUGGUUCAAAGUCGAUUGCAACGACUCGCCAAGAUUGUACGGCAUCAACGAUGACCUGUACAGGGACGUGAACGGGAACAAGAUCUAACGCUAGUCGCAGUAUCCAGUGAACAUUUAAACGCCCGUUAAAGAGGACAUUCCUGUACAAUCAGUUUGAGAAAGGAGAGAUAACUUUAGAAGAAGCGAGAAUCGUUGAACUGAUCGUGAGUUCCUAGCUUGCCGGCGGAGACAGCGUCGAAGCAGCGCGCUGCAAUACUCUCUGAUGCUAAAUUACACGAGCGACGAUCCAGAUAGACUCUCAACAGGAUCCAUCACGCGUGCCGACCAUUUCCAUAGAAUCGUUCAAAUUCAACCGCGAAAUCUCCUCCAUACGACAGACAAUCGAAAUUUAACAUUAAUCGCCUUAUAUAUACAACUGAAUUCGAUUCUUCAAUAAAGAAUAACAGAUGCAUUAA